AUGUCCUCCCUCAAACGCAAAGCCGGCUCCUCCUCCCAGCCUGGCUCUUCCGAUGCCAAAAAGCCCAAACAAAACGGCAACAUCAUGUCCUUCUUCGGAGCCCCCAAGCCCGGCGGUCCUCUUAAUUCUUCUCCCACAACCACAGCAACUCGAUCGACCACCAGCAGCCAAAGCCAGAGUCAACCCACCAACAGCAACACUGCCUCUAGCUCUAGUGCAAUCCCAGACCCAGCAACCGUAACACGUAAAUUCAACAAAGAAAAAUGGGUAGCCUCCCUCACGCCCGAGCAACGCGAACUGCUGCAGCUGGAAAUCGACACCCUUGACGAGAGCUGGCUGGCGCAUCUGAAGGAGGAGAUUGUUACGAGGGAGUUUCUGGACUUGAAGAGGUUCUUGAAGAGGGAGUGGGAGACGAAGACGGUGUUUCCGCCGAGGGAGGAUGUUUAUAGUUGGAGCCGCCACACCCCUCUCCCCACAGUCCGCGUCGUUAUCCUCGGUCAAGACCCCUACCACAACCACAACCAAGCCCACGGCCUCUCCUUCUCCGUGCGCCCUCCCACGCCCGCUCCUCCUUCCCUUCGUAACAUUUUCAUCGGCCUUUCGCGGGACUAUCCCACAACAUUCGCUCCACCCCCCGGCAAGGGCGGGUUAUUAACACCCUGGGCCGACCGCGGCGUGUUACUGCUCAACACCUGCUUAACCGUUCGCGCGCACGAAGCUAAUUCCCACUCUGGUAAAGGCUGGGAAAAGUUCACGCAACGGGUUAUCGACCUUGUCAACGAGAGACAAAAAAGGGGCGUGGUGUUCAUGGCGUGGGGAGCACCUGCUGGAAAAAGGGUGAGUAGGGUGGAUGGGAAGAGACAUUUGGUGCUGAGGAGCGUGCAUCCUAGUCCGUUGAGUGCGCAUCGGGGGUUUUUUGAGGGAGGGCAUUUUAGGAAGGCUAAUGAGUGGUUGGAAACGAAAUAUGGAAGGGAGGGGAGGGUGGAUUGGAGUUUGGUUGAGGGGAGGAGUGUUUUUGAUGAUGCGGUGGAGGCCAAUGGAAAAGAAGAGGGGGGGAAGGGGAAGGAUGAGAAGGAAGUGAAGGGGGGAGAUGACGAUGAUGAGUUCGAAGGUGGAGAAAUCUUUGAUGAGGAGGGGUUGAAGGAGGUUGAGGCUGUUGUUGAAAAGGUUGAGACGCAGGAGGAGGAUGGUGGAAAGGAGGAGAUGAAAACGGAGUUGGUGGUGAAGAAGAAGGGGGACGAAGAGGAGGGAGGUGAUGAGAAUGCUGUUCCUGAUGAGGAGCGGACCGACAAGAUGGAGGAGUGA